UUACUCAUCCCAAAAUCAUAUCAAAGAUUCUUCAUCACCUUUCUUUCAAUGGCACAUUCCCGUAGUACUCAUCCACCAGUAGCUAAUCCCUUUUCCAUUAUAAGCCCUCAGUUUUGCGCUCAUACUUAUCCUGUUCAACUUGCAAUAGUGAGAAAGGUCAAGACCAUAACAGAUGGAAACUUUGUUGUGCAAGAUAUCAAUGGCAACAUCCUUUUUAAAUUGAAAGCUGCAGACUCAAUCUUUCACGAUCGCCACGUUUUAAUCGAUGCUUAUGGAAAUCCUAUUGUCACUCUAAGAGAUAAGAUAAGGUCAAUUCAUAAGAGAUGGCAAGUUUUCCGGGGAGAGAGUAUAGAAUCCAGUGCUCUAAUAUUUAGUGCUAAACGAGCCUCCUUGUUCCAAUCAAAGCACAACGUUAAUGUGUUCUUAGCAAAAAAUACAGAGGAGAGUCUUUGUAAUUUCAGGAUCAGAGGAAAUUGGCUGGAACGAUCUUCUGUUAUUUAUGCCGGAGAGUCCUCCACAAUUGUUGCCAAACAAGCAAUACAAAGGAGGAUGUUUGAUUCAAGGUCAAAGGAAGUUGGUCAGAACGAUCUUGUGUUAUUCAUGCUGGCGACUCCUCCGCAAUUCUUGCCCAGACUUGCCAUAACUUGGCUUUCUGGGCUUGAUUUGUCGCUCUGA